UUAAAAGAAAGCUAUUGUGCACCUCUGCCCGGGCAGUUACUACCACAUCAGUUUGCGCCCGCUUCCCACCACAGUCGCACACCACGACCCUCCUGUUACACAGCAUGGCUACGAAACGAUCCUCUGGAGACGCACACUUGCGUUCUGCUCGCACCCAAAGCUCAAGCGCAAAGCGGAGCAAGCCGUCUCCACCCCGCCCAGUCGACAGUCUCGCGCCAGAAAAUGUCGCGAACGGCGGCAGGAGCGACCUGUCUACAAGAUCGAUCGAGCGAGCUAGUCGUCACUCUCGCGGUGAUAGUUCUGCCAGCGACAGCACUCCAACGCUCGGAGACGAAGCAGAUGCCGACCACGAAGAGGACGAUUCAGACUCGGAAUACAUCACCACACUCGGACCUUCUACGAGCGCCUACGUGAAGCCAGACAUCGAUCCCGACGUCGUCAUGGCAUAUGCGAAAGAGCUGGAGAGUAGGCUGCAUGCCUUCUUGCCAAAACUGCGCCAGGCCAACCAGAAGCUCGCCGAGCAGAGCACCAAGCUAAAUAUGGAGCACGUUGACGACGGGGAACAACACAUUGAGAUGAAUCUGAAUCUGGGGAUUCUGGAGGAGAAAAGCGCCGCUGACAAAGCGACCACUGGUGACAUUCGACUGCCGACCGACGAGUCCGAUGAGCCAGAAGAAGCGCUGCUUCCGACAGAGGGCGAUGUGAGCAGUCUACUGACAGGGAAGGGUGAUCAACCGCGACCUAGUAUUGAAUUGUUGGAUGCUGCCGAUGUUGUGAAGACAUUACCGCAUCGGACCGAAGCUGUGAAGAGCUGAUUACAGUACGGCGUGUGAACGCAAGACGUACGUUCGACUGCAACUUAUUACCACCCAGCAACGCUGCGUAGAGUGCACAAAAUGUCCGAAGAGAUAAUUUUAAUCUAUACGAGAAUUAUCCAACACUCAAUCGAUCCUUUGGUAUCUAACAGCCGGAA